AUGAGUAGGCCACUGUCUUGUUCAGAUCCAAAGUUUAAUUUGUUCAAUGGAGGCUUGGGAUGCACUGUAAAUGGUUGUGGUCAAUACAACAAAUGCCUAACUGUUCUAAAUGAUAAAUUCAUAGAGACAACAGGGUGUUGCCGUAUCAAAAUUUUAGAACCAAACUUUGUGACUGUUUUUGUCUACAUGUUGAUUGUCCCUGUAAUCGGAAUAGCAAGUUUGGGAGCUCUGGGAGGUACAUCUUUAUAAAUUAUAUUCCUAAAAGGAGGGAUUGUAAAACGUCCAUUCCUCUAAACUAUUCUGAAUUUCGAUGCUAGUAUCUCAGGAGAUAUUACCGCCUGUCUCAUGAUCAGUGCACAAAUCGUGAAUAUGGUGUUCAUAUUCCUCUAAAAUCAUCCCGACGUACAAGAACGACCCGUUAUUAAUUAUGAUAUAGCUAUUAUAUAUACUUUAGCUAUUCCGGUUAGUUUGUGCUUAGGAAGUGAUUUAGCAAACUUUCUACCGUUACUGCCAUUAUUAUCAUUUUAAAUCCUUUUUUUUAUAGCCAUAUCCCCUGUUUUGAUAUAUUAUGCAAGGAGACAAAAUGAAUUAGAAGAUCUAAAGGAUCAGAACAGUGAUUUAGCUAAGGAAACAGCACUUCUGACCAUGUCCUAGGUGCAGAUAUAAAAUCAAAAUGAAUACACUGAAAGUUAAGCUAAGAUAUAUAAAUAGCUUUAUGCUGAACAAUGUUAAAGAUUUCCCCUUGUACCAAUUCUAAUAACUUUGGGGAACUUCGUUGUUAAUGAACUUUUAUUACUGCUGAGAUCUUCUCCAUACCAAUAUUCCCCAUAUUUCUUUCCAGAUGGAGAUAUAAAUAAUAAAAAUAGAGAUAAAGGUCCUUGUGAACCUUGGAAUUUUUAUAUGGUUCUAUUACUGGCAGGAGUGAACUUCUUGAUAACAAGUUGUGUUUAUUUUUUUAUGAGGAAGAAGGAAUUGUUGAAAAACACAGUUAACUUUUAUCCUAAUGAACGCUACUUCACCCCAAUAAGAAGAUUCUUUUUUGUAUAUUUAGCUGGGUUUUUAACAGGAUUUGUAGCUGGUUUUGUGGGAAUGGCAGCUGGAUUAACAAUGGUAGUUACAAUGGUCCAAUUUAAAUUGAUUGCAGCAGUGGCAGGAGCAACUGCCAAUUAUUGCUAUUUCUUGAUUUGCAUUUAAGUGUUUACGAACUUCCUUGUUGGUGCUUCCUAGAGUUAAGGAUUGGGUGUGGGAGAUCAAUUCUUUUUCUAUGCUUUGGGAGUUAUUGCGGUUCUCGUGUUCACAAAUUACGGUUAUCGAUUGUUAUAGAGAUAUAAUAUUGGACAUAUAAUUUUUUAUAUUGACUUUGCAAUUGUUGUUUUAAAUAUAAUUGGUAAUAUUGUAUGGGGAAUCGAGAAUGGUUAUCGGGAUGGUUUUCGUUCAUUGGAGUAACAGCCUUCAACAUGCGGAAAUUAUGUAUUAGAUAAUUGA